CCAUCGGGCACUGUCAACAUGUACAUGACCCGGAAGUUAAAGGAAAACAUUCCAAGACCUGCAGACCUUCGAACCUUGUCUGACGACCAGAAAGUUUCAAUGUGGACCAAAUGAUGUUGGCUGAAGAUACAAACAACCAGUUUGACAAGGUAGCGUCUGUUCCUGUCGGUUAUGCAGGCAGCCAAGCAGUGUACUCAACAUGGGCUACAAAAUAUGAGGAGGACAUGACAAACAUGGGAUACAACGGGCCGCGGCAGAUCGUCGCCCUGAUGCACGCCGCGCUAGGCGGGGUCACUGACCCCAGCAGUGUCCGGGUGUUAGACGUGCCUGCCGGGACGGGCAUGGUGGGAUCGGAGUUGCAGAAGCUCGGAUACACGAACGCAGACGGUCUGGACGCCAACCCGGACAUGCUGAAGGUUGCAGAGAACAAACAGGUCUACCAGAGGCUGAUAGAGGCAAAACUGGGCACAGGACAGCUACCUGUAGAUCUAGAGCCAAAUAUGUACGACGCUGUUCUACUGGUCGGUGCCUUCUCUCAGAAUGGGACACAUCUUCCCUGUAAAUGUCUGGAAGAUCUGGUUCAAAUCACAAAACCAGGUGGACUCAUCAUCGUAGGCACUGGUUCUGAAACACUACAGUCAGACGUUGGAGCGGCGCUGGUGGCAACACUACAGGACCUUCAGGAACGAGCUCUUUUGUCAAUAAUCGACAAAACCACCCGGUCCGGUUACUUCAGGGACUGGGAGGGAACGUUUUUCGUCUGCAGGGUGACGUCAUGAUAGAUGUAUCAUGUAUACGAUAUAGAGCUCGGGGAUUUACGAUAUUGUCGAAUAAACUUGCUUGACUCUUCA